UUACUUCAGCUGAGAAUAAGGGGUCCACUCACUAUGUGUACAAACAAAGGUUAUUCCCCGGCUGCUGGCUGUUUAGUUCAUAUGUAAUUUUACAUUUUUUGUCGUUUAGUAAGUAUACGGGUGUGCCAAUUGAGAAUGGCUCACUCUCUUUUAAGCCCAGAGAAAGUUGCUCAAAUAGAGCUUCGGAUGGACCCAUUAGAAGUAUAUGGAUGCAUAUUUCUACUGUAUGAUACUGUAGAUAUGGCACUACAGGACAUCUGUACUGAAAUACACACAUGUCGAAGGUAUCUGCCUGUCCUCGACAGCGUACUUUUCAAUGGUGGAGUGUUUCAUGAAGGGCCUCUUGUAAAGUGGUCAAAAUCAUUGCUUGCUAAGGGCAUAAACUGGUCAGAUAGAUUACUGGAAGCUCUGAUGAUCAUAAAAGAAUUUUGGAUUAUAAAAUUUUUGGAUGCAAAUCAACGUGACCUUGAGUUAAGAUUCUUACCUCAGCAGGCCAACACUUCAUGUCAUGUAGAUUUAAUAAGAAAAGUUCUGUAUUUAAUGGUGGAUGACCUCAGCAAAGAUGAUUGGAAUGAUCUGCGGUUGUUAAUAAUAGAAGAAACAAAACUACAAAGUGUGCCAGCAAAGUAUACUGAAAUUCCAGAGUGUCUCUUGUUAAUUUUAAUGUCCAGAAAUUUUAUACAGUUGAAAAAAAAGGACCAGAGGGUGAAUUUAUCCCUGCUAUUUAGCUGUUUGAAAAGACUGGGAAAAGACUAUUGGGCUCACCAACUGAAAAGUAUUGAAAAUGCUGUUAAUGGAGAGCAACCAGGUAUCAGUGUCGAGAAUGGUGUUGAAAAUGUGGCUUGGAGGAAAGCACCUUCUGUUAGAUUUAAUCUUGAUCCUGAAAAUCCAGGCACCAUAUUAAUUUUUAAUAUAGUGGACUAUGGCAAAGAGGUGGUCAAUGGUAAUGGUAUUUCUCUUGGUGUGAGAAAUGGUUCUCAUGUAGAUGUAGAUAGGCUUCAAAACACAUUUGAGUUACUGGGCUUCCAGAGGAGUGUUAUUCCGGAUCCGACAGCGGAAGACAUCAUCUUAAUUAUUAGAGAGAAUUUGGCAAAAUUUUGCUCAGAGGCUAAGAAAAGCAAGAAAGAGAGGUGCUUUGCCGUUGCCAUUUUGGCCCAUGGUGAUAAAGAUGGGGUUUAUUGCACCAAAGGCAAUUUACUUACUUGGGAUGCAAUUCGUGCUGAAUUGAGACACCCUGACACAAAGGGUCUUGCAAGACUCCUAUUGAAUCAAGCUUGCAAAGGGAACUCUCAAGCAACCAAGCCAGAUAAUAUUGAAGAAGAUGGAGUGGGGAGUGAAUCUGACUCUGUUUCAAAAAAUUUAAAGGAUAUUUUCGAGCUGUCAUCUAGUGUGUCAGGUUUUGCUGCCUAUCGUGACAUUGUACAUGGUUCCUUUUUCAUUCGAAGUUUCUGUAAACACAUUCUUCAAUUUGGGAGUGAUUGUGAUUUGAAUCAAAUAACGACUCUGAUAAAUAAAGACCUAGACAGCAAAAAAGUUGAAUGCUCAGGCGUACUAGUUUCCAUGACAGCAGAGCUGAUAGUCACUCCGAAGAAAUUAUUGUAUUUGGGUGUACCCCAAAAGGAGAAACUGAAAGCAGAUGCUCUAGUGCAAGUGUGGGAACAUGUCGAAAAGACAGAGUGUAUGCCAAGAAACCCUACAGUUUAUUUGCAACAAAAUGAGGAGGUCAAAAAUAAUCCACCAGAUGCUAAGAGCAAGAUGACAGAAAAUGAAAGAAGAGAGGAAGACAGUGAACAAAAUUGCGAAGAAGAGCUAGGAGGACUUGCACAUAAAAUUAAAAUGUUAGCCUUGAAGCUUGAGAAAGAAAAAAGAAAUCAGUGAACCUGUGCUUCCUUGUCUUGAACAGGCACUCUCCUCUCGUACUUCAACUUUCUGUGAGCAACUUUGAGCUGAACAAAACUGUAUAAUAUAUGUGUUUAAUUUUUCAACUGUU